AUGACUAGCAAUAUCAACAUCUUUGUCACAUCUCUGUUGACCAGCUCUGAGAGAAAGGUGUCCACCGAGUGGACAUUGGAGGCGUUCAAGGCCAAGAUGGAGCUUAUCACAGGGAUUCCACCUGCCUCACAGCAAUUGCGAUUGUACCCCUACACAAACGACGACUCGAACACUGAGAUUUCUUCCGAAAGUUUGCAGAAGGACGACAAAUCCACACGCUUGAACGAGUUCCAGAUCCGCCCCUUUGUGCGCAUUCACGUUUCCGACGCCAGACCAGACUCGGAGUUGCACGAUCUCGAAAGUUUCAACGAACAGGAUAUGGAAGAUGCAGCGUUUGUAUUGAAGGAAGAAGACUAUGAAAAGAAGAGCAAUACUGUGUUGCAAUGGAAAAAAGAGCAGAAGUUAGGCCGCUUCAACCCAGAAUUCGAGGCUAGGAAACAGGAAGCCGUUCAGAGCAGCACAUCACAGGCAGAGACCAUGGCUGUGGGCAUGAGAUGUCGCAUCAAGGCAACCAAUCCACAGGAGUUGGAGAGACGCGGUUGUAUCAGGUACAUUGGGAAGAUUAAGGAGAUCGACGAGGGUGCCAUUACCUGGAUCGGCAUUGAACUUGACGAGCCGGUGGGCAAGAACAACGGUUCCGUGAAGGGCACCAGGUACUUUGUGUGUGGGCCAAACUACGGUAGUUUUGUCAAGCCACUUACCGUAGAGGUGGGAGACUUUCCGCCAGAUACGCUAUUUAGCGACAGCGACGAAGAGCUCUAG